AUGGAACAGCAACUAAAGUCUAGUAACGAUCGGUUAAGCGAUAUAACCAGUGCCAUUCUUUCGCUCCCUCCUGAGUUAUUAUACGACAUACUGGACUUCCUGUCACUUGAGGACACGAUCUCGUUUGUGUUCUGCAGAUGGGACUUUUUUAUUGCCUCGCUCGAUUUUCUCAAGAACAAGGUGGGCCCCACGCUUCGACAUCUAAAUGCUCUAGCUAUACUGUUCAACGGAAAUCAGUGGCCAAGGUCUUGGCUAUACAAGAUUGUUCAAAGCUCGAUACAGUGUGAGCAACCAAUACUAAGAGAUAUUUGUAUCCUGACGAACAUCUUCGAAGAUAUUGAAUGUCCGGAGAGAAUCAUGGGGUCCAUUAUAUCUACAUGUGCCGAGUCUGAAUGGCCAGUCUCACACAGCUGUGUUCUUCGAGGAUUUCAAGGAAUCGGUGGCUUUUAUCUACAACGAAGCCCGCAUGCUGUAUUCGAUACGGAUAAAUUAAGCAUGAAUAUAUUACAUGUUGCCAUCUUAAGAAGGGCUCCGCAGGUCUUCAACGUCGUCCAUCGGAUUUUAAAAGAAAUGUCCAAGUCAGAGCAAGCUGACUAUGUCAGCCAGCUCGACCGUAUGGGCCACACCGCGAUGACAUAUGCAAUAUCUACCCGCUCCGUGGACAUGCUUAAUGCACUAGUCCUUAUCGGAACAAACGUGAACCGGAGAGGCUUGCUCGGGUAUACACCACUCAUUGAAGCGGGCUACUUGGGAUAUAGAGAGAUAAUUGAGAGCUUGAUUAGACAUGGCGCGGACGUCACUGCUCGAGACAGUGUUGGUCAUUCUGUCCUGGAACACAUAAUGAACGGCGAAAGUGAGAUGAAGCAACAGCUCCUGGAGAAUAUCAUACCACAUGCUAGUCAGGAGCAGAUAGACAGGGCAUUAAGAUAUGAUCAUGAGAAUACGAAUCAGCAUACGGCGAUGCUCGUAAAGCUUGGCGCAAAUCCUGAAAAUGUGGGUUUAUCGGCUGGUGACAUUCAUUUCAAUUUAUCGCCAUUGAAGGAUCUUGAAUAUGAUAUACCUGAAUGA